AUGCCUCGCAUCCGCUGCAGGGCUUUGCCCACCCUCCAGGCCCCCGUCUCCAUUCAGACCCCGAUGACCAGAAUCUCCCAAUUCACACCACAGACAACAAGCACACCGUCAUUCCUUUCCUCGCGACCCUUCUCCUCGCUUCUCUCCACGCCAACCCGCUUCCAACCAUCGCAGACCCUCACCACUCCCAUUACCUCGUCUGUGUCCUCACUGCUCGCCCAGAAGCCUUUCCAGGCCCGCUCCUUCUCGGCAUCUGCUUCGCUAGGCGUGCGCCGUGUUACCUACAACCCCUCGCGACGAGUCCAGAAGCGCCGCCAUGGUUUCCUGGCUCGGAACAAAGCUCAAAAGGGACGGCUGACUCUUACGCGCCGGCGGGUAAAGGGACGUAAGGCGAUGAGCUGGUAA